CGUGCGCUGGGGCUGGGACGGGCCUGGGGCUGGGGCACCGCGCCGCCGCCGCCAUGCCAAGCGGCACUCCUGGCAUCUGUGCUGCAGAGCCAGCCAGUGUGACGCCUUGGCGUUUGUGACUUCACAGAAUCACAGAAUGUCUACGUUGGAAGAGACCUCAAGACCAUCGAGUGACAAACAAAGGCAACUCUGCAUUUCCUUCUUCAACACCCGCUUUCUUCACAAAAACAAAACAAAACAAAACAAAAAACACAGAACUUCAUCCCUCACACGGGACUCCCGAACUGAGCCUGCAGGGGCUGCCAAAGGCAGCAGCUCCUCAAGCACUGCUCGCACACGGCUCCCUACCACGGGCUCCAUCCAUCCCCCAGGAGCAAACUUGGUCAAACUAAGCCCCUUUGGAGAUAUUGGAUGGCAGGCCUUACCAAAUGCCGGACAAAGGAAAAGAUCUAACACAAGAAGGGCUGCCCCGUGCCAGGCACAGUGUAGUUCCAGGCACUUCCAACAGCCCCACUGCAGGCAAGAGUGAGCCUGUGCGGGAUGAUGACAGCGCCUCUGGAGAAAUGUCCGGCAGAGGGCUGCCACGAUGACAGAGCGGGCCUGGACUAGAGCAGCCCAGAGGUGUCUCCUGACCCCCACCUUGCUGUGAGCUGGUGUCUUGACGGGAGGCUGCCGGGAACAAGGAGGCUCCACAGCAAGCACUCAGGCUUUGUGACGUGGGGCGGCGUCAGGCCACAAGACCAUUGUGACACGGCAAGCGUCCCCAUGGUGACGGUGUGACUUAUAUGGCCCGAGCCCCCGUGGUGCUCACUCCCAGGAGUGCAGCGCCGUCAGGAGGCAGCAGCUGCCCUGGGUGCCUGUUUCUUUGUCUCUGUGAGAGGACAAAGGGAUGCCGAAGGAGCAAGAGGCGAAGGCCUGCUCCCAGCCCAACAAAGGGCUGCCGAGCAUGAAGAAGCACCACCAGGUGCAACCCAAACCGCCACAGGCAGGACCGCUGUGCAGCCAGACUCCAUCCUUGUCCAUCCACGGGGUGAGGCUGCCACAGCUCCACUGCCCACAGAAGUCACAGGCCUCUAGGAAGAAGAGCACACAGACAGACAGCCUGAAGCUGAGGCAGGCACUGCCCGGCAGCAGUGCCACCGGUGAACGGAGAGAUCCUCUACCAGCCUUGCCGCCUCUGCCAAGGCAGGCAGCGACACUGAGAACUACACAUCGGCAUUCAGUGGGAGCUUCAACUAUCCCCCGGCUGCCCAGUCUGUCAGUAGCAGGCUCCACCUCUUCUGUGCCAUGCAGAGACUGCAUCACGAGCACCAAGGCUGUCAGACUCCCCGAGGUCGUCCCACGUCCUCAAGGACACGUGAGAAAAGAGCAAAUGGCAGCAACUGCCGAGAGCCGGGGGACAGCCCUGCAAGCCCCCGCAUCCAUUCUGGCGCCUCUGCAGGCCAGACCCCAGCAAGACAACAGGCCAACCCCAAGCCAUGCUGCAGCCAGGAGCCAAAGACCCAGGGUGCAGCUGAGGGUACAAAGGCACUACGCCCCUCCCAGCAGUGUGGCAACACCCGCAAGGACAGCCCAGGUGCCGGCCACCAAGACUGAAAAGAUGCCAGCAACACGGAGACGAAAAGAUGGCCAUGCUCGAGAGGACACAAGAGCUGCUGCUGGGAUCUCCAAGCCAGGAGGGAGGCAGCAGAAGGAAGCCACCUGGAACCUUCACUGGGACCCAGACGCAGCCCACCAGCAGGGGCCUGGCUCACCCCACAGCACUGGCAGAGAUUCUGCCAGAGAGGCAGUCAGCCCCGCACAGAGCGCAUCUCUUGCCAUGUCAGGGCCAACCAAUGCUGAGCCAGCAGAUUCUGCGCAGGUUGCAGGUCCUGCCAGUGAGGGGGACAAGAAUCCUAUGGGUGCAUCAGCACCCAGAGAUGCUAAAUCGCCUUCUCCCCUGGCUGCUGCUAUGCCCGGCCCUUCCACAAGCAGCCAGAAAAGACCGCCGACAUUGAAAGACCGGGUCAAGAUCAACUGGGAUAUCUAUGGGUGCUCCUCCUUUCGGCCAGCAAUGCAGAUCAUUCCGAGCGGGGAGAGGGAAGGCUGCCAGUUGUCCCGGUGGAACGAGUCCUGCCGAGCAGCGUGAAGGUUCCGAGGUUGCGAAGGAUCUGGGCAGCAGACGACGGUGACACAGCUGACAGCACUGCAGCCAGUGCAUCGGGCAGGCAGGAGGUGGCAGUGAGGACUGCGGGCCAGCGCCUUCCCUACUUUUGCUCCACAACGAGUAAGACCAUUCUGCAGGACAUUCAGGAAGAGUGGGAAGAGAGCCCCAGGAUAGAAGCUGUGGCAGAAGCAGACGACGUCCUGCCCAGCACGUCUCCUGCCCCAUCUGGUGAGGCAGAUGCCAGGCCUUCAGCUGCUCCUAUGGCCGCAGUUCCUGGGCCCGAGGAGCUCCCCCCGGCCUGCAUGCCCAAAGAGGGAAAAGCUUCAGCCUCUCCCCUGGCUGCUGCUAUGCCCGGCCCUUCCACAAGCAGCCAGAAAAGACCGCCGACAUUGAAAGACCGGGUCAAGAUCAACUGGGAUAUCUAUGGGUGCUCCUCCUUUCGGCCAGCAAUGCAGAUCAUUCCGAGCGGGGAGAGGGAAGGCUGCCAGUUGUCCCGGUGGAACGAGUCCUGGCCGAGCAGCGUGAAGGUUCCGAGGUUGCGAAGGAUCUGGGCAGCAGACGACGGUGACACAGCUGACAGCACUGCAGCCAGUGCAUCGGGCAGGCAGGAGGUGGCAGUGAGGACUGCGGGCCAGCGCCUUCCCUACUUUUGCUCCACAACGAGUAAGACCAUUCUGCAGGACAUUCAGGAAGAGUGGGAAGAGAGCCCCAGGAUAGAAGCUGUGGCAGAAGCAGACGACGUCCUGCCCGGCACGUCUCCUGCCCCAUCUGGUGAGGCAGAUGCCAGGCCUUCAGCUGCUCCUAUGGCCGCAGUUCCUGGGCCCGAGGAGCUCCCCCCUGCCUGCAUGCCCAAAGAGGGAAAAGCUUCAGCCUCUCCCCUGGCUGCGCACCCUGUGUUGGAGGCCAGGACAGCACCUCUCACCCCAUCAGCAUGUGAGGAAGAAGAAGCAGCACCUUCUCCCCUGGCUGGGGGCCUUCUGCAAGAGGUAAGCAAGGUAUACCUUCCUCGUCCCACAGUCAUGGAAGCCACAGACCCCUGUCGGUGGGCCUCGAGGCCCCUCAUCCCUUAUCCAUCUGGCAUCGGGGGCAUCGGGGCCCGGAGCAUGGCCAAACAGUGGCCCACAGGGCUGUGGUUUUCUCUCCCCAUGCAGGUUUCCUCCGAGCAUAGAAGCAGUGCACAGUGUUCCUCACACUUCCAAUCGGUGCCAGAGGAAGGGCCAGGUAUGUCCUAAAGUAUGGAGCCAUCCCAGCCCACGGCACGGAGGCUGGCAGCACUCCACGCACAGGGUCCCUCCAUGUCCAACUGUCCCCUCCCCAAGGGAAAGCCUUGGUGGCGGGGGCAGGCAGGACCAUGCCCAGUUCCAUCCCAGCCCCUCACGUACAGCUCUCUGACCCCCACAGGCACCGCUGCCCUCCCGCACGCUGUGGCUCGCUCGCAAUUGCCCCCCCUCUUCAGGAGAGCACUUCGGGCUCUCCGCAGGAGUUACUGCUUCAGCUGCAUCACAGAAGACCUAGAGCAACGUGAGGCUGACAGUACCAGGGAGCUCCCCACAGAUGGCAGCUUCGGUCCCGAGGACGGGGCUUCUGAAUAAAAUUGUUCAGGACUAUUU